AUGCCCAAACGUAAGCACCCCUCUGUUACAUUGACCAUACAUCGGCACGCUAAAGGAGAGGAUAUCGACGAGCUGCCUGAGGUGGAAACUUUGAUCGGCUCUGAUGAUACUUUCUCCAAGAAGAAGCUACAAGAGUUCAUCUUUGGGCUUGUUGCAGAAGCCAUAAAUUUGAAGGACGAUAUAACAGGGGAAUAUAUUGCCGGACCAUUUGUGAAGCUACCUUCAAAGAAGUUGUUUCCUGAUUACUAUGAUAUUAUCCCUCAUCCUAUAUCUUUGAACGAGAUCAAAAUCAAAGCCAACUUGAGAAAGACGAGAGUCGCCGACUAUCCUUCUCUCUAUGAGUUUGUGCAGAUGUUUAAAUUAAUGAGUGAUAAUGCUGCCACAUACAAUGGUGCUGACAGUGUGAUAGCGAAGGACGCCAACCAUAUCUUUGAGUUUGCCAAGGAUAAGUGCGAGGAGUUUUUCAAGAAGAGUUCUACUGAUGACAUUGACUCCGAGGAAGUCACCGGCACAGAUAUGGAUAUUUCCUUUGUGAAGAAUGAGCCAAAAGCAGAUGAGACGACAACAUUAACUCCUACCGAUACCGUUCUUGCUGUGGAACGCGAACCUACCUCUGAUGAGACGGACUAUUCUACGGAAUUAUACAAGAUUAUGAAAAGUGUCAUAAACUUCAAAUCCUCCCAUCACAAAAACAGCACACGCCUAUCACUGCCAUUCAUAGAACCUGUGGAUGCUCGGUCAUAUCCUGAUUAUCACACUAUCGUCAAAAAGGGCAUGUGCUUCAAUGAUGUUGAAGACAACCUAGCUAAGGGAGAGUACAGCUCAGGAAAAGAGGCAGCGCAGAGGUUUUUGAAUGAUGUGAAUUUGAUAUUUUCCAAUGCUUGCGAAUAUAACGCUGCAAAUAGUGCUAUUUACAGAGAUGCGCUGUCGUUGAAGAACUUCUUCAACAGGAGAAUGACAAAAUUCACGGCCCAAACUCAGGCAAUAAAGAAACGCGGUCGUGGUAGACCUCCUAUUUUUGCUACUGAGCCCAGGGUGGAAGAUACAACGAAAAUAAGUAGCGUUGUCGCUGCACUUCCUGAGGUUAGAAGGGUGCCCAAGCGAAGGGGCAGAAAGCCGAAAAGGCAGAAACCAUGGGAAUCUUUGAAUGCCGGGGACAAUGAUGAUCAAAGUAUUUCCGCUACUGAUUCUGGGCUGGUUGGUGCAUCCGAUGCUGCUCCUUUGAAUACUAUUGCCGCUACCACUAUUGGAAAUACUGAAGACUGGUCAGCGGCACCAACUACGGCUGCAUUAGACGUUCCAGGUUUCAUUAGAAAACAUGACGUUGAGAAAGCAGAGGAUUUCUCUGCCGUUGACGAUAUCACAGCUUUUAUCAAGCGGUUCACGUUCUCGUCUGCCAUAAAACAAUACAGUACGUACACAUCCGAUGUUAUGCAAUACUUUGAACAUUGCAUGAUAGAACCAGCAGGCAACUCUACGAUUGGAGGAUCGACAUAUUCGAUAAUACUACCAGCAGAAGAGAUAUUGGGCCAACCGCUGAUUGUAUUGGUAUCCCUUCAAAAUCGUAUUAUUGAUGAGAAAUACACCACAGAGCUAAAAGUGAAUAAAGAGAUUCUGAAACCACAACCAUUGACUAUAUCCUAUGACGAAGAGGACGAGGAUGGUGAGUUCGUGGCAUGCAAGUUUGAAUUCAAGUUGGGAUUAGGUUUAAAUCUUUUUGAGUUCCAAUUGAAGGUUCCAUUCCCAUUGAAAGAAUCAAAGAUAGAAAGAGAAAAAGCUCAUGAUCCGACCAGAGUUGGCACCGAGACUGAACGUGGAAGGGUGACGAGGUCUGCUGCAAGAAAAGGAGGAGACGAAACUACAAACGAAACACCCCCGGAAGACGACGACGACGACGACAGCAGCACAGAAGAUAUCAGAAAUGAAACUCAACAGUACUUCCGAGAAAUGGUAAAAGUUUGGGUGAAAAUUGCUUGA